AUGGCACCGAAAGCAAAGGUCGUCAAGGAAGUCGAGAACAUCUCUCUCGGCCCUCAGGUGAAGGAAGGGGAGCUCGUCUUUGGCGUUGCACACAUCUUUGCCUCGUUCAAUGAUACCUUUGUUCACAUCACCGAUCUGUCCGGCAAGGAAACCAUCUCUCGCGUCACGGGCGGCAUGAAGGUCAAGGCCGAUCGUGACGAGUCCUCACCCUACGCUGCCAUGUUGGCCGCCGCAGACGCUGCUGCUCGCUGCAAGGAGAUUGGCAUCACCGCGUUGCACAUCAAGCUUCGCGCAACGGGUGGAGUUGGCACCAAGACGCCCGGACCAGGUGCUCAGUCUGCUCUCCGCGCUCUCGCUCGUGCCGGCAUGCGUAUUGGCCGCAUUGAGGACGUCACGCCCGUUCCCACCGAUUCUACCCGAAGAAAGGUACGCACUCUGCGUUUGUUGGCAGUGCACAAUCCUGACGAUACUCUCCGGCUUACAGGGUGGUCGUCGCGGUCGUCGUUUGUAGACAGCCGAGCGCAGUGGGGCAGAGUCACUUACAGGCUCGCUCAAGGUCGAAGGAAGGGAGACGGCGUCUCGACGCUCUCUGCUCUUUCCGGUGUGCUACGGUCGAUGCAUGUAUCGAUGCAGUAG